CACGCCGCCACUGAAACUGACUCCACGCGCUUUCCGUAGUUAGAACAUUUUCCAACAUGGCUGCCAUCAGGAGCGGGGUGACUCCGAGCUGCCUAGCAAGAUGUCUCCUGAAACAGACUGGAAAACCGAGCCGAGGCAGCCAUCCCCUUUCAGACACUUGGAACCACCGGUUGCUCCAGAAGUCCGGUCUGCACACAGUGUUCGAGUGUCGGAGUCCUGCCGCGAGGACUCUGCUGGGCCGCAGACAUCACGGGAAGUUCCUCUGGGUGAACGCCGUCGCAGUCAGAAACAACAGCUCACAGAUCCCGUUUGAGGAUGGAAGCACGGCGGCUCCAGUGGUCGAAACUUCUGAUGGCUUCCCAAUCCUCCAGUCCUCUCCCGUCUCUCUGCCCGUGGACUCUAACCCGAUCAUCGCACAGCCAAUCGCUGAACAGAUCCCAGUUUCCACAGCAGCGCCAGCAGUUGACAUCUCUCCUCCUCCACCCGUCUUGGACGUCUCCCCUGAGCUUCUGUCCGCUAACCCCGCCCCCGUUUUAACGCAGUCGGUCAUUGAGCAGGUGGCUGACGCUGCACCGACCGCAGUGGAAGUCCUGCAGGCUGCUGCAACCACGGAGCAAAGUUUAGCAGAGCUGGGAUUGGCCGGUUACACACCAGUGGGACUGAUCCAGCACUUGUUAGAGUUCAUGCACGUGGAUCUUGGUUUGCCCUGGUGGGGGGCCAUUGUUGUAGGAACGGUGGUGGCUCGUAUGGCCGUGUUUCCAGUCAUAGUGAAGGGCCAGCGGGAGGCAGCCAAGCUGAACAACGUUCUGCCCGAGAUGUCUAAACUCACCAACAGGAUGAAUGAGGCCAAACAGAGCGGAAACAAAUUUGAUUUCGCCAAAGCCUACUCCGACCUGAGCUUGUUCCAGAAGAAGCAUGAUGUAAAUCCUCUGCGUGGCUUCCUAGUUCCUAUGGUGCAGGCGCCAGUCUUCAUCUCUUUCUUCAUCGCUCUGAGGAAGAUGGCCUACCUGCCGGUGCCCAGUUUUCAGACAGGAGGCCUGUUCUGGUUUCACGACCUGACCGCGGCAGAUCCUUUUUAUCUGCUGCCUAUCGCUGUCACUGGAACCAUGUUCUUCAUCCUGGAGUUGGGCGCAGAGUCCGGUAUCGACAACCCCAACCUGCGCGCCAUGAAGACAGUGUUCAGGAUCAUGCCUUUCAUCAUCCUCCCCCUCACCAUCAACUUCCCCACGGCGGUGUUCACCUACUGGCUGACCUCCAACUGCUUCUCCUUGGCUCAAGUCGCCCUGCUCAGACACCCUGUGAUCAGAACUAAGCUGAAUAUCCCAGAGAGGAUCCAGCACCCGCCCUCCGUCAUGCCCCAAAACGACGGCUUAAUCGAAAGCAUGAAGAAGGGCUGGAAAAACGCUCAGCUGGCCCAGCAGCUACAAGAGAGAGAGAGGAGAAUCAAAAAUCAUUUGGACCUGGCGUCUAAAGGUCCACUGAGGCAGACUUUUAGCCACAAUCCCCUCCAGCAGACUCCACCCAUCGCUGCAGCAUCAUCCAAAAACAAAGCAGAUGGUGGCAAGGCAAAGCCAUGGAAGGAGACUUUGGGAUAAAUCAGAUCAGGUUGCUAACUUGAGAGUAAAAUCAUGUAUGUACAUAUUUAUGGAUGGAAGAGAGGAUAGGAUGUAUUAUUAAAAAUGAAAAAUCUGCCUCAAAACAA